CAUAUGCAAAGCUAGAAUUACGAACCAUCCACAAUUUCUUAAGAUCUAGUUGGAGAUGGUCAUGAGGGGUGCUACCCUUUACGGUAAUUACCUACCCCUAUCACGCCCAGGGUGAUGUAAUAGCAAGCUCUUACAUAAAGGCACGAGUGACGCAAGCAGAAACUCUUAGAUGAAGAACAUUUCAAGUCAAUCAUCAACUUACCCAUUGCUGAAAAUCUUGAGAAACACCAAAAUAUUUAGAUAGUCUCAUAUCUGUAUACUCAAAAGCUUCAAGCAUGGCAUCCGAGAACAAAUACCCGGACCUGACAGGGUUCAAAGCUCUAAGCUUUGACUGCUACGGCACAAUCAUCGACUGGGAAACGGGCUACCUGAGCACCGUACGGCUCCUCACCGCACAACUACCCGACUCACACCCUCUCAAAACAGAGCCACCCCUAGAAGCCAUGCGGCGCCUCAACGAAGUCACCAACGCCUUCGAGCACGCGCAGCCCACACUACCCUACAACGAAAUCCUCGCCGAAUCCAUAACCGCCUUCGCGCGCGACGACCUCCAACUCCCCGGUCUAUCCGACAGCAUCGCCGAGCCCUUCGGCAACUCCCCCGGGACCUGGAUCGCGUUUCCAGAUAGCAUCGCCGCGCUACAAAAACUCAGAAAGUACUAUAAACUCGCGAUCUUGUCCAACGUGGAUAACCGAAACAUCCAGGCGACGGUAGAGCAACGGCUCACACCUGCGCGUUUCGAUGCCGUGUACACGGCGCAGGAUAUCGGGUCGUAUAAGCCGUCGCAUCGGAAUUUUGAGUAUUUGUUUGAGCACUUGAGGUCGGAUUUGGGUGUGGAUAGGGAUAAGAAUGAGUUGCUGCAUGUAGCGCGUAGUUUGACCGCGGAUCAUGUCCCGGCGAAGGAGAUUGGGCUGCCGAGUGUGUGGAUCUCGAGGGGUGGGGAUACGGCGAAGGGGAGGGGUGUUGGAGGGGACUAUGAGAAAUUGAAGGAUAAAGUCGCGUUUGGGUGGCGGUUUGAUACGUUAGGGGAUUUUGCGGAUGAGGUUGAAAGGCAAUUUGCUGCGAAGUCGGGGUCUUGAAAAGCGUGAGGGAAGGGUAUGUUGAAAAUUGAGGAUAUAAAAAAUUUAUGCGUCGGAACAAUUCCGAUGUAAGAGA